CAAAGCCGGGCAGGUGGCUGCGGCUGGAAUAUGGCGCCCGCGGGCCCGGGCGGCGCGCGGCGGCGGUGCCGGCGGGCGCUCUACUGGGUCCCGGUGGUGUUCAUCUGCCUGCUGCUCGGCUGGUCCUACUACGCCUACGCCAUCCAGCUGUGCGUCGUGUCCAUGGAAAACAUUGGAGAACAAGUUGUGUCGAUUGCUUAUCAUCUCCUUUUUGCAAUGUUUGUCUGGUCGUAUUGGAAAACUAUCUUUACAUUACCAAUGAAUCCCUCAAAAGAAUUCCAUCUCUCUUAUGCAGAGAAAGAAUUGUUGGAGAGAGGGCCAAGAGGAGAAGCACAUCAGGAAGUUCCUAGGCGAGCAGCCAAAGACCUUCCCAUCUACACCAGGACCGUGUCUGGAGCAAUCCACUAUUGUGACAGAUGCCAACUUAUAAAACCAGACCGCUGCCAUCACUGUUCUGUCUGUGAAAAAUGUAUUUUGAAGAUGGAUCAUCAUUGCCCAUGGGUGAACAAUUGUGUUGGAUUUUCAAAUUAUAAAUUUUUCCUUCUUUUUUUGGCUUAUUCUUUGCUGUACUGCCUUUUCAUUGCUGCUACGGAUUUGCAGUAUUUUAUCAAGUUUUGGACAAAUGGCCUACCUGAUACUCAAGCCAAGUUGCGUAUUAUGUUUUUAUUCUUUGCUGCAGCUAUGUUUUCUGUCAGCUUGUCUUCUCUGUUUGGCUAUCAUUGUUGGCUAGUGAGCAAAAAUAAAUCUACAUUAGAGGCAUUUAGAAGUCCAGUAUUUCGACACGGAACAGAUAAGAAUGGAUUCAGUUUGGGUUUCAGUAAAAACAUGCGACAAGUUUUUGGUGAUGAGAAGAAGUACUGGUUACUACCCAUUUUUUCAAGUCUAGGUGAUGGCUGCUCCUUUCCAACUUGCCUUGUUAACCAGGGUCCUGAACAACCAUCUACUCCUGCAGGAUUGAAUUCAACGUCUAAAAAUCCUGAAAACCAUCAGUUUCCUGCAAAGCCAUUGAGAGAAUCCCAGAGCCACCUUCUUACUGAUUCUCAGUCUUGGACAGAGAGCAGCACAAACUUGGGAAAAGGCAAAGCUGGUAUGAGCAAUCCUGCAUUAACCAUGGAGAAUGAGACUUAGCUCUUCAAACAAAAUUAAUUCAUAUUUUAUGAAAGAUUCAGUGCUGUAGAUGGAUGGAAGAGGCUUCCCACAAGAAGGCACCAUCGGCCAGGUGUUCCCAUUUCCCUUUGGCUGGAUAUGCAGAAUAUGAAUUGGUUAGUUCUCUCAGACCAGUUGCUUAAAACACAACACAUUUUAUAUUCACUAUGCAGAUUGUCUCAACUUAACAAAUUCCUGCUAAGUAUUAAAAGUACUUAUGGUUAAUGAAUCAAGGACAAAA